CUCUCUCUCUCUCUCUCUUCGCACCAGAAAAAUGGAUGCUUUGGCGCUGAUGGAGCGAAGCUAAGGCCGAAAAUGGCGAACCGGGGGGACGAGGAAGAAGACGACCACCUCCAGCGUCAGCCGAACCGCACCAAGACGGUGAUCAAAAUCCCGUCGUACCAAGAAGUCCUAGAGAGCUCCCAGUCCAAAUCGGCCCCGCCAUCUCUCUUCACCCCUUCCCCUUCCUUCUCCCAGGCUUUCUCUUUCCUCAAAUCCUCCGAAUUCUACUCUCCCCCUCCUCCUCCCUCCUCUCCGGCGGCUCCUCCGCCUCCCGCCGCCACCGACGCCUCCGCCGCCGCCUCGACGUGGAGUGUCGCCGGUACGUCCGGUGCUGUUGCUGGGUCGUCGUCAAAAUCGUCUUUUGCCGCGCAGAGUCGCAAUGCGAUCCUGGUGAGCCCUAGACAAAAGGGGAAUCCUUUGCUCAAACAUAUCAGGAAUGUGAGGUGGGCUUUUGCUGACAUUGUUUGUGACUACUUAAUUGGGCAGAACUCAUGUGCUCUUUACUUGAGCCUUCGUUAUCAUCUUCUGCAUCCAGAUUACCUAUACUAUCGAAUAAGGGAGCUACAGAAGAACUACAAGCUCCGUGUUGUUUUAUGUCAUGUUGAUGUGGAGGAUGUAGUUAAGCCUCUUCUUGAAGUGACAAAGACAGCUCUGCUCCAUGACUGUACACUCUUGUGUGGUUGGAGCUUGGAAGAGUGUGGCCGCUACUUGGAGACAAUAAAAGUCUAUGAAAACAAGCCUGCAGACAUCAUUCAAGGGCAAAUGGAUACAGACUACUUAUCAAGGCUGACUCAUGCUCUAACAACAGUUCGACAUGUCAAUAAGACAGAUGUUGUCACUCUUGGUUCUACAUUUGGGUCUCUUUCUCAUAUCAUGGAUGCUUCGAUGGAAGAUCUAGCUCGAUGUCCUGGUAUAGGGGAGCGCAAGGUAAGGCGCUUGUAUGAUACUUUUCAUGAACCAUUCAAGCGAGUGGUUCCAAACGUUGCUGCUGCAGCUCCAGAAGCUCCUGUGCAGAAGAAUGCUGAACCUGGUUCAAUAAGUGAGGAUCAGGAAAUUGUAGACGAUGUUGCACAGACGAGCAAGCGCCAGAAAAAAGAGCCUGAAUUGACUGUUAAGUCAGCCCUUUCUGCUGCUUUUGCAAAAUAUGCUGAUAAAAUUGGUAAAAGAAAUACUAGACCACUAGAUGGGAGGGGAGGUGAACCAAGUACUGGCCAAGACACAGAUGCUGAGAAAAGCAGUUGAGAGAUUUAUGUUUUUGGCAGAGUAAAGCCUUGAACAUGAGGAACCAUCUGUUCAGGCAUUUGGGGUCAUGCUUCAUGCUAUUAGAAGACGUGGACAUUCUUUUUGUUCCCUGACCAGGUGCUUGCAUAUUAUCUAUUACAUCUGCCGAAAUUCUGUUCGAUGGAUUUGAGAGCAGUAGUCAUGAAGUGAAGAUUUUCAUUUCCUAGCUUUUUUCAUGUUGUAUUAGUCACUGGAACCUCUCAUCCUGAUGUUUCAUUUGUGUAUAGAUUGUGAUGUUUCAACAUCAAGGGUUUUUACGUCUAGUUUCUUUGUAAAUUAUGUUGCUUAUGUUGCGGCUCUGAACAUAUUGUAGCUGAUUGAAUUGAUGUCAGAAUUUGUAACACGUUCUGGUAAACUGUGUCCUGAAAUUUAAUGAAAGAUUUGAUCUUAUGAAA